UUCAGUUAGUGUCGUCAUACAACUGAAGCACAAUGAGUGGCCGCGGAAAAGGAGGUAAAGGACUCGGGAAAGGAGGCGCCAAGCGUCACCGUAAAGUCCUCCGUGAUAACAUCCAGGGAAUCACCAAGCCCGCUAUUCGUCGCCUGGCUCGCCGCGGUGGAGUCAAGCGUAUCUCCGGUCUCAUCUACGAGGAGACCCGCGGUGUGCUCAAGGUCUUCCUGGAGAACGUCAUCCGUGAUGCCGUCACCUACACCGAGCACGCCAAGAGGAAGACCGUGACCGCCAUGGAUGUAGUGUACGCUCUCAAGAGGCAGGGCCGCACUCUGUACGGCUUCGGCGGUUAAAUCUACCAGCUCUUUACUAAAAACCAACGGCUCUUUUCAGAGCCACC